AUGGCGACCAGAAACGGCAGCACCAUGAAGCGCGGCUUGAACUCCGGCGAAGUCGCUAUCGACAACAAAAAGCCCCGCCGAUCGCAGCGAAUCUCGUCUCAAUCGCAUGACUUCGACACAAAUCUGCAGGCCCAGCAGUUGCCUUCUCCCUUCACGCACCAGGAAUCUACUGCCACCGAGGACUUCAAAGAUGGCACUGCCACACCCCCAAGCCAGCGUCCUAGCCAAUUCGGCAAUCGCAUUACCACCCGUAGUCCUCAGGCAGCCGGCCUUUCAUCUCCCCCUUCCGAUACCCAGCCAUUCUCUCAGCUCCUCCGCCCCCCGAAUACACUGGCAUACGAGGUAGAGGAUGAAGAAGCCGAAGGAGUGUGGGGGUACUUGGUGCCUUUGGACAGCAAGUCGGGAGGCACACUCAUCCUGAGGCGGAGGAGUGCUUGCCCCAAGCCGAGUGCCAAGACUGGACGUAAGACCGGUAGGCAGAGGGUUGGUAGGCAGACUUGGGAGAAACAAGAAGAGGAUUUCGAGACCGAGAAGGCCAAGGAAGUGUCUUCGGAGGGAUAUCUUAUUGGACGUCACCCAGAAUGUGACCGCGUGCUAAACAGUCCCGUGGUGUCGAACCGCCAUUGUCUUAUCUUCUCGGAGGCCAAAGGCGGCGAUGCAGUUGCUGUCUUGGAGGACCUCUCGGGCAACGGAACUUACGUCAACGAAGCAUUGGUUGGCAGGAACAAGCGGCGCGAACUCUACGAAGGCGAUGAAGUCACUAUUCUCGACGAAGCCCGUUUUGUUUUCCGAUACCCACACAAUCGCAAUGCAAAUCGAUUCAGACAGCAGUACACGAUUCAACAACAGCUCGGCAAGGGCCACUUCGCUACGGUCUACUUAUGUGUCGAAAAGAACUCAGGCAUGCGCUAUGCUGUGAAGAAGUUCGAGAAGCGUACUGGGCCAGGCGAGAAAUCCAGGAUCGACGGACUCCAACAGGAGAUUGGCGUUCUUAUGGGUGUCAGCCACCCAACCCUGCUCUGCCUCAAGGACACUUUUGACGAAGAAGACGGCGUAUAUCUUGUACUAGAACUUGCAGCCGAGGGCGAGCUCUUCAACUGGAUCAUCAUGAAGCAGAAGCUGACGGAGGCGGAAGCUCGGAAGGUGUUCAUCCAACUGUUUCAGGGUGUGAAAUACUUGCACGAGCGCAACAUUGUUCAUCGUGACAUUAAGCCAGAGAAUAUUCUCUUGGCUGAUAGAGAUUUGCAUGUGAAGCUUGCGGAUUUUGGCCUGGCGAAGAUCAUUGGCGAGGAAUCCUUCACUACUACACUAUGCGGAACUCCUAGCUAUGUCGCACCUGAAAUCCUCGAGAAUUCAAGCCACCGGCGCUACACCCGCGCGGUCGACGUGUGGUCGCUAGGCGUUGUUCUGUACAUAUGCCUCUGUGGUUUCCCGCCGUUCUCAGAUGAGCUCUACAGCGCCGAGAACCCAUAUACGCUCUCGCAGCAGAUCAAAAUGGGCCGAUUCGACUACCCGUCGCCAUACUGGGACUCAGUGGGCGACCCAGCUCUCGAUCUGAUUGAUCGAAUGCUCACCGUAGACGUUGACAAGCGAAUCACGAUUGAUGAGUGUCUCGAGCACCCAUGGACUACACUACGGGAGAUCAAUCCCAACGACAGCACGGAUGGACUCACCGGGGCGAUUGCGCAGCUGGACUUUUCCAAGCGCAAGCCGCAGCGAGAGCGUACUCUCUUGAGCAAAAUCAACGACAUCAGGGUCACUAGGGUGAUUGAGACGCCAGAGGGACAGGAACCUAUCAGAGUAUAUGAGAAGAACGCUGCAAAGUCGCCAUCGAGGAAGACGAAUGGGACGAAGGCUGAGGCAGUCCAGGAAAACACGCCCGCAGCCAAUCGCGACCCGGACGAGUUCGUGCAGAUGGGCGGGAAGGGUGAUCAGCAGUUGUUUGGGGACGACAGCAGCCGGGAGUCGGCUGUCCGAGAGAUCUCAACGCUGACGAGUCGGCCAGGGGCAACCGUCCCUGAUGUCGCGGGCCCUCUGGGCGAUUUUGCGGCCAACUCGUCGCUCUUCGUCCGGGUCGCUGCCGCCUUUGCCUCCUUCCUGACACUGGCCAUCGUCCUCAACGUCCUCAAGCAAUUGCUGCUGCGCAACCCCAAUGAGCCCCCCGUAGUCUUCCACUGGGUGCCUAUCAUCGGCAGCACGAUUUCCUACGGCAUCGACCCCUACAAGUUCUUCUUUGCGAACCGCGCGAAGUAUGGCGAUGUCUUCACCUUCAUCCUUCUCGGCAAGAAGACCACCGUCUGUCUCGGCACCAAGGGCAACAAUUUCAUUCUGAACGGCAAGAUAAAGGACGUGAAUGCCGAGGAAAUCUACAGCCCUCUGACAACCCCUGUUUUUGGCAACGACGUGGUCUAUGACUGUCCCAACUCGAAGCUCAUGGAGCAAAAGAAGUUUGUCAAGUUCGGCCUCACACAGGAAGCGCUCCGCUCCUACGUCCCACUUAUCUCGCGCGAGGUUAUGGACUUCAUCAAGCGCAAUCCCGCCUUUAAAGGCAAGAAAGGCACUGCAAACGCUCCAAUUGCCAUGGCUGAGCUCACCAUCUUCACCGCCUCCCGGUCGCUCCAGGGCGAAGAAGUGCGCAACAAAUUUGACUCCAGAUUCGCCGACGUCUACCACGACCUUGACCUGGGCUUCACCCCGAUCAAUUUCAUGUUGCCAUGGGCCCCGCUCCCUCAUAAUCGCAAACGAGACAUUGCGCGGACUAAGAUGAUCGCUACAUACUCUGAAAUUAUACGCGCUAGGAGGUCUGGUGAGGCCAAGAGGGAUUCCGAGGAUAUGAUCUGGCAUCUCAUGGACUGCAAAUACAAAGAUGGCACUCCUGUUCCUGAUCACGAAAUUGCAGGCAUUAUGAUUGCUUUGCUUAUGGCUGGACAACAUUCCUCGUCUUCAACCGCCGCCUGGAUUCUUCUCCGCCUAGCCAGCCGCCCUGAUAUCACCGAGGAACUCUUACAGGAGCAAAAGGAGGUUCUUGGAGCGGAUCUCCCGCCUCUGACUCACGACAACCUAGCUCGUCUGCCGCUCCACGCCCAAGUCGUCAAGGAAACUCUUCGCAUUCACGCUCCAAUCCACUCCAUUCUGCGCAAGGUGAAAUCGCCCAUGCCUGUCGAAGGCACCCCGUACAUAAUUCCGACCUCGCAUGUUCUGCUAUCUUCACCGGGGGUUACGUCUACAUCGGCCGAGCACUUCCCGAACCCGUCGAGCUGGGAACCGCAUCGUUGGGACACGUUGAAGAAUUACGAAGAUGAUGAUGACGACGAGAAGAUUGAUUACGGCUGGGGCGUGGUCUCUAAGGGUACCACUAGCCCCUAUCUACCGUUUGGUGCUGGUCGCCACCGAUGCAUUGGGGAGCAGUUUGCCUAUGUGCAGCUCCAGACUAUUCUGGCCACGAUUGUCCGAGAAUUCAAGGUCAGGAACCUUGACGGGUCGAAGGAAGUGAUUGGGACGGAUUAUACAUCGCUGUUCUCGCGGCCACUUUCGCCCGCGAUCAUCGAAUGGGAGCGCAGAGACGCGUAG